CUAUGGGCAGUUCAAUACAGCAGUUUCUGUAAUACAUUGUGUAUCAUUUCCAGGUGGAGUCUCCUCUACCGAAUGUUGCAGAACUUGCGUUCUUCUUUGAGCAAGCUGGUGUGGGUCUGGGGAGAGAGGAGAUGCAUAGAGUCUUUCUAGCUUUGAAACAGCUGGUGGACUCACAGUGUCUCCUGCGCUGUCGAUUCUGGGGCAAGAUCUUCGGCACGCACAGCAACUAUCUGGUGGCUGAGGGGGAAUAUAGAGAGGGUGAAGGAGAGGAGGAGGAGGGGACAGAAACACAUGAGGAUGAGGAGAGGGAGGAAGAGCCACGGGAGGACAAGGAUGAAACGGAACUUGUGGAAGCUGCUGAUCCUCCCCCCAAAUCGACAUACAAGCCACCUCCACCAGUGCCAAAGGAAGAAAAUCACACUGGUGUCAACAAAUACACUUAUUUUGUGUGUCAUGAGCCCGGCAUGCCGUGGGUCAGACUGCCGAUGGUCACCCCCGCUCAGAUCACAGUGGCGCAGCAGAUCCGCAGGUUCUUCACAGGCAGGCUUGAUGCUCCUGUUGUAAGUUAUCCUCCCUUUCCUGGCAAUGAGGCCAACUACCUGCGCGCCCAGAUAGCACGGAUCUCAGCGUGCACGCACGUCAGUCCUCUGGGAUUCUACCAGUUUGGGGAGGAUGAAGGGGAGGAUGAUGGACUGCGAGACAGUUAUGAGGAGAAUCCUAACUUUGAGGGCAUCCAUGUAAAUGAGAUGGCUGAGUCUCUGAAUCUAUGGGUCCAUCAUGUACAGCAUAUACUUACACAGGGCCGCUGUGUGUGGGUAAAUGUAACUAAGAAGUCUGCUGAUGACGUGGAUGAAGAUGCCGAGGAUGAAGAGAGGGGUGAGGAAUCUGAUGAGCCGGAGCCUGAAGUCGGGCCUCCUCUUCUGACGCCUCUGUCUGAGGAUGCAAAGAUUAAUGACACCCUACCUUGGUGCGCCAUGAUCUCCUCUAACCUCAUUCCUCAGUUUUCCAUCGCUGUGCUGCGCUCUAACCUCUGGCCUGGAGCUUAUGCUUAUGCUAGUGGCAGGAAGUUUGGAAAUAUAUACAUUGGUUGGGGGAUGAAAUAUAUCGGAGAGGCCUACACCCCAACCAUUCUUCCACCGCCCCAAAAUGAGUACCCCAGCGGGCCUGAAAUUACAGAGGCCCUGGACCCCAGUGUGGAGGAAGAGCAGGCUUUGAAAGCUGCUCUGGAGGAGCAGACAGCUGCCCUGGAAGAGACAGAGGAUCUGGAAGAAGAUGAGGAGGAGGAUGAUUAAAAUGGACAAAAUAAACCUCCUUCAGAAGGUGUGUUGAUGGUCAGAUGCUUACAUUUUUAUAAGUG